AUGUCUGCGAAAAUGAGCGACAGCAACCCCCGCGGCGUGGCAUCUCCCUCGUCGCGAGGCGGCUCGGACAGUCCAAUGUCCUACGGUACCGUUGGCUCGCAGGUGCCCCUCCCGCGGUACUCGGACAACGAGGCCCAGCAGGCUGGCUACCGCGAUCGGGCUCCAGGCGACCCCUUCUCGCACAGCGCCGACUCCAGCACCGCCUACUAUCUCGACCGCCGCCUGGACACCGACCCGGCGUUUCUGGAGCAGCACAUUGCCAGCCUUGCCGUGGAGCCGCCGCGGCCGUUUGUGCGCGUCCGCGGCCACCACUACGAGACCAAGAAGUCGGGCGACAAGGACCACCGCCGCGAGAUUGUCGACUUUGACGUCCAGAUCGAGCUGACCCCGCUGCUGUACGAGGACAACGCCCUGCGCCGCGACUGGCAUCGUCUGGAAGCCGCCAAGAACUUCGACAAGGUCCGCCGCGGCACCGUCUUCCCAACCCGCGCCCCGGGCUUCGGCGGGAGCGGCACGCCCGAGGACGGCACCCCGAGAGUCGACCAGUGGUGCCAGCGCUACUGCGAGAGCUCGGCCUCGCUCAAGGCCUUUACGCUGGAGCGCCGCAUCACGGGAUGGGACUUUUCCCUCGUCGGCGGCCAGCUUGAGAGCCUGGUGCGCUCGACCAACUACCAGGGCCAUCUCAGCGUCAACUUCCCCACCAUCGACUCCCGUGUGCAGAUCUAUAACGACUGCCCUGCCAACCGCUGGCGUCUGACGCGCUGGAUCGAGCUGGUGUUUUACUUCACCUUCCUGUGGAUCUUUUCGUGGCCGUGGUUGGCCCUGGGCACCAAGUGGUUCGAGACGGUGUACGUCGAGUGGCCCAUGGGCGUGCCCGACGAGCGCGGUGUCAUGCGGUACGCCUGCCUGAGCGAGGAGCAGUGGUACAGGCUGUGGUGUCGACCCAUUCAGCAAGCUAUCCUCAGGCGUCGCCAGGCAACGCUGUACCAAGCUGACCUCGACGAUGCGUACGAUGCGCCGGGGGCCGGAGAUUUUGCCAGAGGAGUCCAGGCCGGGUUGGAAGUAGUCCAGCGGACGAUGGGAUGGGGUGGCGACACCGGGUGUCACCAAGGGUAG